AUGUCAGCUUCAAGCAGCAAACCCCGUACUUAUAACGAGAAGUACAUGGGAAGAAAUGGAUUCACAGAAAAGCCCACCACAAAGGCUCAGAAACUAGAAGUACAUCAACAUGCUCUCGAUAUCAUCCGCCACUGCGGGGUACGACUACCAAGGCAAGUGCCCAUUCUCAUUCUCAUUCUUCGGCCCCCUUCGUUCUUAUUCCAACCUGUAUCAUCAAAUAUUUCCUCUGUGAGUAGCGUCGAAACAAUAAUGAACACUGAUUGGACCAAACCCGCACCGGAGACAUCGGCGAGUGUGCAGAAAGAGAUUGACGAACUCCGGAAGAGGCAUGGUGCUCUCCUUUCGAGACUAUAUGACUUGAAUGCCUCAGCGUAUCUUGAUGAUGUGGAAGAUCGGUAUCGAAGCCGCAAUGAAGUGCUAGACGAGGAUCCUAGAGAGUGGAUGAAAAGAGAGUACAAGGAUAACCCUAAAGCGUUAGACGUGAACUAUAGCCAAGCCGAGGUCGAUGUGAUGAUCCAGACAUCGAAUGCGCAAAAGGAACUAUACGCAAAAACUUUCCCGUACCCAUUCUCCCCGACCGCGCCUACACCUGCCCACCUACCGUCCAUCUCCCGACACAACUACGACUAUUGCAAACAGCUCAUCGACCUCCAACGGAAGCUUCUUAGUGUCAAGAAGGAAGAAGAAAUCAAACUACAGCGUGAGCACGAGCGACUUCAGCAAGAAAUGUACAACCGACAGCGCCGGGAGGAGGAAGCUCGGCGGCAAGCGCAGAUUGAGAAGGACAGGCUCGAGAAAAAGUUUCCAACGACCGUCGAGGAAUUUUAUUCGAAGCCAAUGGACUUUCGGAAUCUUAUUGCGAGGUUCUUGGAUGCGGGGCCGUUGCAGGAUAAACAACUCAGAGCGAAUAACUGGACGCAAGAAGAAGUAGCGCCGCUGAAGAAGAUUUACAAUAAAGAUGACAAGUUUCGUGGACAAAUAAUCGGAAUGGUUAUGACCAUACCAAAGUCAAUUAGCAGUGAUCCUCGCCGAAAGCUCCCUUGA